AUGGCUCAGCAUCAUGGCAAAGUUCUCAUAACAGGCUGCUCAGAUGGCAGCCUGGGGUCCGCCCUUGCCAUCGCUUUUCAUGAAUCUGGCCUCCAGGUAUAUGCCACAGCGCGAGACCCUUCCAAGAUGACAAACAUGACUUCCCGAGGGAUCAGAACACUUCAACUCGAUGUUCUUUCUGAUAGCUCGAUUGCCGCUUGCGUCCGGGAGGUUCCUGAACUUGAUAUCCUAGUCAACAAUGCUGGUGGUGGCUACAGCAUGCCCAUGUCGGAUAUCUCUAUACCUGAUGCCAAAAAGAUUUUUGAUCUCAAUGUCUGGUCCUAUAUUGCUGUUACGCAAGCCUUUCUGCCGCUUUUAAUGAAAUCUAAAGGAAUGAUUGUCAACCACACGUCAGCUGCUUCUGUCUGUGGUCUGCCAUUUCAGUCUGCAUACAACGCCUCAAAGGCUGCGAUGGCAGCAUUUUCUGAGACGCAGCGAUUGGAACUUGAACCUUUUGGCAUCAAAGUGGUCGACCUGAAGACCGGGUUCGUUUUAUCCAAAAUUCAAGAGAAUCAGCGGAAAAACAUGCCGUUCAAUUUGCCUAGGGGCUCAAUAUACGGAGAAGUCAAAGACGUGGUUGAGAACUCGACCAGUGGCUUUCAAGUGGAGAAUUUAGGAAUACCGGCCGAAAAUUGGGCAAACCAAGUAGUCAAUGAUCUUCUGCGGACUAGACCGCCAUACAUUGUAUGGCGGGGUGCUCAAGCUUGGCUGGCGCGGAUUGGAAGUGUUUUGCCGACUGGGACGCUUGAUAACCAAAUCAAGAAGCUGACAGGAUUGGAUCUUAUUGAACGGAGGAUGAAUUAA